UCUCUCUCUCUCUCUCUCUCUCUCUCUCUCUCUCUUCAUUCAGAGUUUGAAAUUCAUUCAUUCAAAGAACAUGGCCACCUCUCUCUCUGUCUUCUUCACUGCCCUCCUCAGCAUCUUCACCUACACAGCCACCAUAGCUCAGCAAUCACAAGCACAACCAGCCCAAAACCAAGCUCCGUCACCGGCCUCCGAUGCCUGUAACGGCAUAUUCUUAACGUACGCCUAUACCGGAGGAAGACUAAUCCCUCCGAACCUCAAGUCGGACCCGACCCAACAGCCCUACCGGUUCGAGUCCACUUUGACCGUUGUAAACAAUGGACUCGAUGAGCUCAAGUCUUGGCGGGUCUUUGUGGGUUUCGAAAACAAUGAGGUGUUGGUGUCUGCCUCGAAUGCCGUGCUCGCCGACGGGACUAGUCUUCCGGCGAAGGUUGGAAACGGCACCGUUUUUGCUGGGUACCCGAAUACGGAUCUCAACACUGCUGUUGCGACAGCUGGUGAUAUGACUCAGAUGAGUGUUCAAAUCCAGUUGGUGGGUACGGAGUACGGAGUUGGAGAUCCGGAUGUGCCAAUGCCGUCGAAUAUUUCGCUUGUCAAUGAUGGGUUUAUCUGCCCUACGCCCACUAAGCAAGGGACGAACAAAAUGCAAGUGUGUUGUACCAAAGACUCAAACUUCAAUCCCAACACCACCUUAGGUGAAGAAUUUCUGCCCCGACAAGAUGGUGAUCUGACGAUAAUGUAUGAUGUGAUCAGAACAUAUGAUACCAAUUACUGGGCACAGGUCACAAUUUCAAACCAUAACCCUCUUGGUCGUCUUGAUAAUUGGCAAUUAAGCUGGGAUUGGAUGAAGGAAGAGUUCAUCUUUGCCAUGAAAGGGGCUUAUCCCAGUGUUAUUGAUGCAACAGACUGCAUAUAUGGCUCGCAGGGCGAUUACUAUCAGGGCCUUGACUUUUCCACUGUAUUGAAUUGUCUUAGAAGGCCAACCAUAAUUGACCUGCCCCUAACAAUGGCCAAUGACACAAAUCUUGGGAUGAUACCUUUUUGUUGCAGAAAUGGAACUAUUUUACCCCCAUCAAUGGAACCAAGCAAGUCAACUUCAGCAUUCCAGAUUAAUGUCUUCAAAAUGCCACCGGAUCUGAACCGCUCCCAGCUCAGUCCACCACAGAACUGGCAAAUUAGUGGCACACUGAAUCCGGACUUCCAAUGCGGACCUCCAGUGCGAGUGAGUCCUAGCCAAUUCCCGAACCCAAGUGGGUUACCAUCUGAUUCAACUGCAGUUGCAAGCUGGCAAGUGGUAUGCAACAUCACUCAACCCAAGGGAGUAAGCCCCAGAUGCUGUGUAUCAUUUUCUGCCUACUACAAUGAAUCUAUCAUCCCAUGCCAAACAUGUGCUUGUGGGUGCCCUAGUAGUAGUAGUCGGACUUGUAGUACUACUACCCCCGCCCUUUUUCUUCCAUCUCAGGCUCUUCUUCUCCCAUUUGAGAAUCGAACUAAAUUGGCUACAGCUUGGGCGGAUGUUAAUCAUCUACGAAUUCCGAACCCAUUGCCCUGUGGAGAUAACUGUGGGGUCAGCCUCAACUGGCAUUUAUAUACAGAUUACACAAGUGGAUGGACAGCAAGGAUGACAAUCUUUAAUUGGGAUGAUACUUCUUUUGUAGAUUGGUUUGCUGCUGUAGAACUAGAUAAAGCAGCAGCCCCUGGAUAUCAAAAGGUGUACUCAUUCAACGGGAGUGUAUUGAAUGGUGUCAACAAUACGAUAUUCAUGCAGGGUCUUCCAGGCUUGAACUAUCUCGUAGCAGAAACAGAUGGUGCAGACCCUGCAAAAGAUCCCCGGGUGCCUGGGAAACAACAGUCUGUGAUCUCAUUUACGAAGAAAAAUUUGCCUGGAAUCAAUGUUCCUGCUGGAGAUGGGUUUCCGACUAAAGUUUACUUCAAUGGCGAGGAAUGCUCGCUGCCUAAAGUACUUCCAUCGGGUAAUUCUCAUAGAUUGGGCUCUGCUUCAAUCACUUCUGUCCUUAUAGCGAUUAUCGUCCUGAUGUUGAUUCAGCAAUAGCUUUUGGGAUGAGGCUUGACUGCUUGUUAUGUAGCCUGCUGAUUGGUUCAUUCUUUUGAGUUACUUGAUCAGUGACUGCUCAGUGAAGUAUUUUGCACUUGUAAUUACCAGGGGACGUGCAAGUCACUGUUGUUUAUGCGGAGUCCGUCCUAGUUCUUCAAUCCGGUGAUGGGUUUUUGUUGAUUGCCUGACUCGGCAGGGAUGAAUGUUAGAGUUGUAUUGUUGCUGCUGUUACAUUACUAAUAUACUACACAGUUUGGUAUUCUGUACACAUCAUUGAACAGGAUUUUUUCAAUUUCGUUCGUUGCUUUGUGUUUUAUUUGUCUCCAAGUGGAUUAUGUGAUAAACUCUU